AAUAAAACUUCUGUUUGAUCCAUCCAAGACUCACAAUCUCUGACUGUGACCAGUGCUUCGGUAUCGAUCCGUUAAAGAUACACGUCAUUACACUUUUAACCUGUAUCGCGUGUUUUAUUUUAGAUCAGGAAAUAUGUUUAAACAUCUGAACGUAGGUUUAUUGGCUCUGCUGGCGAUCGUGUUACUAUCGGAUAACACAGAACAAUCUGAAUUCUGCAAUGAAGCUGAAAACUGCGAUCUAUGGACUGAAACAUCUCACAAGAGUCCUACAGAUGCUGUAGUAACAUAUAAGCAGUUGAAACACAUGUUAUCCUCUGGAAGGGUCCAGCUCUUCGAUGUGCGUGAACCUUAUGAGCUUGAAUCAGGGUUUAUUUCAGGGGCCGCCAAUAUUCCACUGGGAGAUGUGGAUCAGGCCCUAAGACUGAACCCAGAUCAGUUUAAAGAGCGCUAUGGAGUCCCAAAGCCUUCAACAGAGGACACAGACUUUUUGCUUUACUGCCAGAGAGGACGCCGCAGUCUUGAUGCACUGGAAACAGCUUGGGCUUUGGGCUACACCAGGGCUCGACAUUACGCUGGUGGAUAUAAUGAAUGGAUUCAAGCGGAGUCUGAACUUUAAACGGUCUGAACCUGACCACGCACACUGAAGCCUGAGGUUAACCGUGAAACACACAUCAUGACUGAAACUUCAUAUAACACAUAUUUUUUCAAAGCUUUAUGUUUAUGAUUGUGAAGAAAAACUGCUGAUGAUUGAGAGUUUGGUAGCUCAUUGUGUGAAAGAUCAUUCUGUGAACUUUUUAUUUGAUUUUUAAAGAUGUGAGCUUUUUAUAGAUGGUUUAUAAAAAAUAAAUGCUUUAAUUUAUUUAAAA